AUGAUUGCUGGUUCUGAUAGGGGUCUGCAGUGUUGUGUCCGUGGGAAGCUGGAUAUGCAGGAUCCAAAUAAAUCUCUUCGUGAUCCAGUUUAUUAUCGUUGCAAUCCAAUGCCACAUCAUAGGAUCGGAUCCAAGUACAAGAUAUACCCGACUUAUGAUUUUGCUUGCCCAUUUGUUGAUUCUAUAGAAGGCAUUACUCAUGCACUCCGAUCCAGUGAGUAUCACGACCGCAAUGCUCAGUACCAUCGAGUUCAAGAGGAUAUGGGACUGCGAAAAGUGCACAUCUAUGAAUUCAGUAGGUUGAACAUGGUUUAUACAGUUCUCAGCAAGCGCAAGCUUUUGUGGUUCGUUCAAAAUAAGAAGGUUAAUGGAUGGGAUGAUCCUCGUUUUCCAACUGUUCAAGGAAUUGUGCGCAGAGGUCUUAAAGUUGAAGCUUUAAUACAAUUCAUUCUUGAGCAGGGAGCUUCAAAGAAUCUGAAUCUCAUGGAAUGGGACAAACUUUGGACAAUUAAUAAGAAGAUAAUUGAUCCAGUAUGCCCAAGACACACCGCCGUUAUUGAAGAGCGGCGGGUGUUGUUGACGCUGACCAAUGGGCCUGAGAAGCCAUUCGUUCGCAUCAUUCCGAGGCACAAGAAGUACGAAGGUGCUGGGGCGAAGGCGACUACAUACACAAGGACAAUAUGGCUAGACCUUGUAGAUGCAGAGUCCAUCAAGGUAGAUGAGGAAGUGACCCUUGAUGGACUGGGGGAAUGCCAUUGUCGAAGGGAUUGA